AUGCAUGUGGAACUUGAAGGCUUUCAGCUUUACAUUGAUUAUGUGUGUGUGUUUAUUUCACUAGUGCAUCUCCAGAUCUUAUUGGCUGUUGGUUUAGCCGUUCUCUGUUUCUGCCUGGUGAUUGGCUGCACAAUCUGCUGUCGGCAUCGGAAAUCCAAUCCCACGAAUGACAAGGAGGCGGAGCUAUCCUCACCUCCUCUACUUGCGGAUCAUGUGACCCUGACUCUUAGCCCCGCCCCUUCCAUCAACACUCAUCCAAUCAAACAGCAGUACGAGGAGCUUGACGGCGAUGUCCUUGACUAUCCCUCGUCUAACAGCAGCUCGACGCCUUCAGAAGGCCUUUCCUUCUCAUCUCUUCCUCACGCCCCGAAGUCUCGUUUCAGUCUACGUCGACUCAGUUCCCCCGUCGUUUCAUCAAAACAUGCCGUUCGUGUUCGCUCCUCGCUUCCAAACAUCACUAAACUCAGUCUGGCGGUGAAGUCGCAAAAACGCAAUAAUGACGUCUUGCAUUCGGAAACCGACAGGCUUAAUGGGAAUAACAAUCAACAUUACGGCUCCAACUUUCACAAACACACACCAUCCCUUCACUUCACUUUACUUUUCUCACCGGCAGAAGGAAAACUCACAGUCACAGUUCUGGGUCUCUAUCGGGGUUCGAGGAAACUGAGUGGAUCCUCGAUCCGGGCCUGUUUGCCUCCGAUCUUCCCGACGCCUACAGGCAGACUCGGCCUCGGUCUCGGUCCAGAAGUGAUCCAGUUUCAGGUGAGAUCGGUAGAGGAGCUCCAGGCCUGCACUCUCAGACUGACGGCUUCCAGCAGGGAUUUCUCUGGUUUGAGGGAGACGGCUGUGGGAGAACUGGAACUGGCCUGUGCGGAGAUUCACUGGGAACCCGAUUCCACCGUCACCUUCAACUGUCAACUCAACACUGCGAGACGGAGGCCGAAGAAGAGCCAGAGCUCCCAUGAUGCAGUGGGGGACGUCGGGCCGUGUGUGAGUCCUGGGUUUCUGGGCCAGAUCCUGAUUCUGCUGCAGUUUCAGACGCCGGCGCAUCGCAUGAAGGUGAUGGUGAGAAAAGCUGAGAACCUGCCCAAACUCACCAGGAUACCCGGGACUCCAGAUCACUAUGUAGUGCUCAACCUUCGUCGGGAUGGUAAAGUCAUCAGCACUAAGGAGACGAAGGGAGCGAGUGGAGCGAACGCCGCGUGGAACACACCCUUUCUGUUCGACCUUCCAGCCGGAGACGCCAGUGCCCUGUCGCUGGAGCUCAUCGUCACGCAGGGAAGGCGAUACACGAAGAGUUGCAUUCUGGGCCGUGUUCUGAUUGGCCAGGAGGGUUCUGAUGUGGGAAGCCAGCACUGGAGGGAGAUGUGCGACAGGGCGCAGGUGGAGACGGCGUAUUGGCAUGAGCUCCAGCCUCACGCCUCAUAGGCCAGCAGCGUUUGAUUGACACGCCCCCGAACCAAUCAGAUCGCUCCUGUGACAGCUCUGGAGGCCACUGACUGAGGAGCCUGGUUUGAGGAGACUUUGUGCUGAACUUGUUUGCAAAUAUCCCUGCAGGGUGUCAUGAUUAGUUAGUUAAAACAUCAGAUGAUUUUGCACUAGUGAACGGAUCAGUCCCAGAC